AUGGAUCUGACCGGAAGAUUCGGAGGUAGAUCCGGCGACGGUGUGCCGUUCCGGGAAGCAACAGCUCUCGAAUCGCUUCACCUCGACGGCGACGACGAGUUUCGGCAAAUGGUACCUCCUGGAAACGGCGGUGGUUUCACGGCGUUGCUUGAGCUUCCGCCUACACAAGCCGUGGAGCUUCUCCAUUCCUCUCCAUCUUCCUCUCAAGCGACGCAUCACUCUCUCGGGACAUUAACUACUUUUCCUUCUAACUCAGUCCUCAUGGAGCGAGCAGCUCGUUUCUCAGUGAUUGCCUCUGAGCAACAGCAGCAAAACGGAAAUGUCUCCGGUGAGACCACGACGAGCUCUGUACCUUCUGUUGAACGCAUUAAAAACGAGCCUGCUGAGACCGAUUCAUCUCAGCCGUUGAUUUCUGAUCAAGCGGUGAGCCCUUGUCCUAGCCAGAACAAUCGAUGUGGCAAGAGGAAAGAUUUCGACAAGAAGGUGAAAAGCUCGACGAAUAAGAAGAACAAAAGCUCUGAAGAGAAUGAGAAGUUGCCAUAUGUUCAUGUUAGAGCUCGCCGUGGUCAAGCAACAGAUAGCCAUAGCUUAGCUGAACGAGCAAGAAGGGAGAAGAUUAAUGCAAGAAUGAAGCUGCUACAAGAACUGGUCCCAGGCUGUGAUAAGAUUCAAGGUACCGCGUUGGUGCUGGAUGAAAUCAUUAACCAUGUCCAGUCCUUACAACGUCAAGUGGAGAUGCUAUCAAUGAGACUUGCUUCCGUAAACCCCAGAGUCGACUUCAAUCUCGACACCAUAUUGGCUUCAGAAAACGCUUCUUUAAUGGAUGGGAGCUUCAACGGUACAGCAAUGCAGCUAGCUUGGCCUCAUCAAGUGAUGGAGACAGAACAGUCCUAUCAUCACAGGCAACUGCAACAACCACCACCACAACAGUGGUCUUUGGAUGGCUUGAACCAGACGGUUUGGGGAAGAGAGGAGGAUCAAGAUCAUGGCAAUGACCACAACAGUUUGAUGAUUGGUUCUGCUAAUUUGCACCCAAACCAGGUCAAAAUGGAGUUGUAA